UGUCAUUUCCUGUUUCGCAUGGCUCAGUGCGGAGGCAGUGUUGCGGUUGAAAACGAGGUUGAUUGACGUCACUGAAACCGACGCAGAGCGACCUGGAACAGCAACCCGUGACAUUUAUCACAUCAGACAGCAGCAUCCCUCAAAAUAACGGCCUGCGUGUGACGCUUCUUUUCCUGAGAGCUGCAAAGAUGGCUUCCUCUUCGUCAAAUCUAGAAGAGGAUGAGAGUCUGAAAGGAUGCGAAUUUUACGUUCAGAAACACAACAUCCAGCAGAUUUUGAAAGAAUGCAUUGUGAAUCUCUGCAUAGCUAAGCCAGACCGCCCGAUGAAGUUUCUCCGAGAACAUUUUGAAAAACUGGAAAAGGAAGAAUGCAAACAAAUUUUGGCUCGCCAGAAGUCCAACUCGCAGUCCGAUUCUCACGACGAUGAGAUUUCACCUCCGCCCCCCAAUCCUGUAGUGAAGGCCCGUCGCAGAAGAGGGGGGGUCAGUGCUGAGGUGUACACUGAAGAAGAUGCCGUGUCCUACGUGAGAAAGGUAAUACCAAAGGACUACAAAACUAUGACUGCUCUGGCCAAGGCAAUUUCCAAGAAUGUACUCUUUGCACAUCUUGAUGACAACGAAAGAAGUGAUAUAUUCGAUGCCAUGUUUCCAGUUACACACAUUGCAGGAGAAACGGUUAUCCAGCAAGGGGAUGAAGGAGACAACUUCUAUGUAAUUGACCAAGGUGAAGUAGAUGUCUAUGUCAACGGAGAAUGGGUGACUAGCAUUGGAGAAGGAGGAAGCUUUGGAGAACUGGCCUUGAUCUAUGGAACCCCAAGAGCAGCAACGGUGAAGGCCAAGACAGACCUUAAGCUGUGGGGGAUCGACCGGGACAGCUACAGGCGCAUUCUAAUGGGCAGCACACUGAGAAAGAGGAAGAUGUACGAGGAGUUUCUGAGCAAGGUCUCCAUUUUGGAAUCCUUGGAUAAGUGGGAGCGCUUGACGGUGGCUGAUGCUCUAGAACCCGUCCAGUCUGAAGAUGGUGAGAAAAUCGUGGUGCAAGGAGACCCAGGAGAUGACUUCUUUAUCAUCACAGAGGGCACCGCUUCUGUUCUGCAGCGCAGAUCUGAUAAUGAAGAAUAUGUGGAAGUUGGAAGACUUGGUCCAUCAGACUACUUUGGUGAAAUAGCUCUGCUGCUGAACCGACCAAGAGCUGCCACAGUGGUGGCUCGUGGACCCCUGAAAUGUGUGAAGCUGGAUCGGCCCCGCUUUGAACGCGUGCUGGGGCCCUGCUCCGAAAUCCUCAAGAGAAACAUUCAGAGAUACAACAGUUUUAUUUCGCUUACCGUUUAAAACCAAUUAUGGUUCGCUGCCUCUUUGUUAUCUUGUGCACUUACAUUUGACCUGUGCUGUUGUGUAGCUUUUUGAAAACGAUUUGUGCAUUUGUUUAUGUAAGGAAUGUCAGAUUCACUGCGUACGUAUUUAAACAAACAAAGUUCCAUAAGAACAGUUCGCACAUAAAGAAUAAAAUAAAAUGUUCGUACAAGCAGUUGUAGUUUUUGGUUCAGUGACGGGUUACAGUUUAUUAGUGCGUGCCAUGUUUACUAAACGUUCAGCUGCUGCAUAAUUCUAGGUUACAAUGUUACCAGUCCCAUUUUAAACUGUUGUUCUUUUUAAUUAUUGAUUUAUCACAAUGCUGAUAAUGUGGUUGUAUCUUUUGGUAUUUGUAAUUCCAGUUGAUUUAAUAGGGAUAAUGUGCAUUUAAUACAUUUAAAAAAAGGAUCAAUUUACCAAUGCAUUCAAGCAAUCAAAGGUCUCUCAAGUGAAGUUUGAGCAUUGGGAUCCUGUGCAUUCGUAUAUUUAAACCUGCAUUGACUUUGUUUGGAGUUAAACAGUGUCGUUCUGUUCAUUUGUAAAUGCUGCACCGACUAUAAGAUUCAUCACUAGAUCCCAAAGCGAUAAACUGAGGUAAGGAUGUUAGGAUUGGAACUCAGUUAUGAACAUAAAAUCAUGCAUUCUCAGGAGCACAUUGUUCCAUCUUAAGAUUAUUUUUUUUUGCUGUUUAGUGUAUGAAUUGUAAAAUCUUUUUUUUAAAAAAAGAGUACUGUUCUUUCAGGAACUGCACAAUUACUUUUUAUCCAAUGUUUCAUAUUGCAUAUUUCUGUAUCAUUCACACACCGAUUCCCCCCCCCCCAAAAGCAAAUAAAAAGUACCAACAGA